AAAUAGGGUGGGUAGGCCAAACCACCACACUACGCGUAUAGACGCGAACCCCCCUCGUUACCGUACGUGCGACUCUCGCCGCAUACGGCUCGCACAAAGACUCCUAAAUCCAUCCCGAGCCCUUUCUUCCACCCUUCCUCUCCAAUCCUCGAUCAAACUUGCGUUCUCCAGGCGCUAUGAAAUGGAGGUCUUUCCUUCGCCUAUCAUAUGUAUCGGCUUGGCUUCGUCCCGAACCAAGGCAAGUUGUACUUGCGAGCGCGUGCGUGUAGGAAGGCCGACCACUACAUAAGCUAAAAGACUACGAUUACAAGCCAAGCCGGAAGCGACUCGCUUCUAUUCUCGUUGGGAUUGGAUAUAGAUGGAGAAUCUAUAGAUCGUAGUAGUUCGCUAACCUCUCUAACUAACAUACGAUACAAUUUAACUUCAAGGCACGGCCAAAAGAAAGAGCUUCGCUCGGUUGGCCUUCCUCCGCUGACGAAUGCCUUCUUUCUCUUCGCUGAAGUCUACAACAAACAAGUGGGAGAGGUAGGAUUCGAACCUACGUAGAAAACUUCAACAGAUUUACAGUCUGUCGCUUUUAACCACUCGGCCACUCUCCCCUUCCCGGGCUGAGGCCCUCCUCAAUAGGUUCUAAGAAAGAGGCGAUUUGUUCGCUGAAUCAAUCAAUAAGCUUAUUGAGAAACUAAGACUAUUAGCUUGGCUAGCGUUCCGGGGGAAUCUAGUCAUUUAGUCAGUUCAUAACAAUCUCUGUAAAGCAAGGGGCAAGGCUUCGUAGACAGCUUCCCUCUCAUGUAGUCGUCGGCCUUCUUCCCCUCUUUGUCGCUUCUAGCGAAGCUGCAAGCCUACUUAAAUAGCUUACGCUUACUAAGCCUAGCCUACUAAAAAAGGGCUACAGCAAGCAAGCUUUCCCCCUUCCUUUGUUGUGGGUCGCGCCUUGCCUUACCUUACCGCAGGCACUGAAUGAAAUGAGUGGAGAUCUUCCUUCCGGCUAAUGAAGAGACUACUUAAGUCUGCCCAUUCAUUCCCAGCGGAUCCUUCUUCUCCCUAAGAAUUGAACGAACCAAGUUCGCCUAUACGAGAGUGAGGAAUAAAACCCAAGAAGAAACUUCUCACUUUGAAUGUCCCACGAUUGAUUCUGCUAGUUUAGAAACGAAGUAGAAGGACGGGGGUCGCUAGGUCAGAAAGGCGAUAACUUCAAAUUCUCCCCAAGUAGGAUUUGAACCUACGACCAAUCGGUUAACAGCCGACCGCUCUACCACUGAGCUACUGAGGAACAACGGACUUAAGGUUGUUUACUUACUUAGUGCGAAGCAUGUUGGUAGUUUACUUACUUAAUCUUUAGAUUAAGGAAGCCGACUCUCGUUCUUUGGACUAACCUAUGACCAAAAUGGGUUCGUCACUUUUUUCACAUACACCGGGGAAAAGGUUACGAUAGCAAGCCCCUCCCCGGCCGGAGAGACUCCAGGACAAGGGGGCGGCAGUCAACCAUCCACUCUCGAGAUUCAUAUUGAUCAAUCGAUCUCCGCGUCCUUCCAGUUCGCUAAGUAGACUCACUCUACCGAUACUUUUCCUGCCAAAAGCAAGAGACUGACUUCUCAUCCUAGGAGUUAGCAGGUAUGAUAGAGCCCCCUCUCUGUCUGUCUCUCCGAGUUUCUACUACUAAGUCUCUGCCAUUCAAUCAUAGAAUCGAUUCCGAUCAAGCUGAAAAAGCGUUCAUCCUGGAUUUUUUUCCUGAAAAAAAAAUGUCUAUCAUGAUAGCAUGCCUAUUCAUUCGGUCAAAGUCUCCACGGCCUUUUCACGCCCUUCUACUGAGAGGUGUACCGUGUUGAUAGGAAUCGGCAAAGACCUUCUUUUACACGUCCUCGAGGGCAGCAUUCAUGGCAAUCAUCACUAGGUUCUUUCGAGGACAUGGUAUGACUUUGUUCUUGGUGUUGUUUAAUAGAUGUCGAGUGCCACCUUUCCCUGUCCGAGAAUCUCCAUCUGCUUUAAGUGGGCGAGCAAUUGCAUUGCCCUAUGUCAGGUUGGUUGUUCAAAAAAAAGACUUUAUUUUUACCCCUUAAGCUUCGCAUAAGCGGCUACAUACCUUGCAUUUUCAUCUUUUUGGGCGCCCGCCUCCUCUUCAGACGAGCCUGGUGGUUGUUCGGUUUCCGCUUUUUGAGGCGGGAGUACUUGGUUGUUGGGGUUUCCUUUUCUUUAACCAAUUCGGUUGUGUCAGCUCCGAGAUUGGUCUAACAUUUUCUUAUGAGCUGGCUGGACAAAGAUGGAUUGAAAGUCAGAUAGAUUCAUUUGAGUUCAAGUAGUACAGGAUCUUCGAUCGACCAUGGGGCCUAUUCUACCCUUACAAAUUUCAUUCUAUUGAAGCGUAACGUAAAAGCUCCUUCUCAUCCUUGUAUUUUUUUGGUUUGGAAGUUCCAGAAUCUUGUCUGUGGAUUUUUAACAAACAAAGUCAAGCCCCCUUCUACUAUGCCAUUUGAUUUAUUUGAUUCAAUUUCCGUGCUGCUCGCUACUCUCCGAGGCCAAGGACGGGGUCGAACCGUCAUUCCAGGAUUUGCAGUCCGAUACAUUUCCAUUAUGUUACCUAGCCAAACUCGCCACCUCCUGUGUCAAAGUCAAAUGUUCUUCCUUAGUCUUGCAACUAAGCUCUUCGAACCUUAUUAUUCUAAUAAGAUACUACAUAACCUUACAGUCGAGUUACUACGUACCUCUUCUUUGGUCAUCACGGAGACUUGGUGCAAAUCAAUGAAUCCCUAAAUAGACCCGAAACUCACGUUUUCAUUUAGCAAAAUAGGCCAUUCCGGGCCUUUUCCUCAUAGAAAGAAAAGACUGAUGCCACUAUCGCCUCUUGCCUUUGCUUUAAUAGAACCUAUUCGACUGGAAGGUAAAGCAAGCAAGGAAGGCAAAGAGCUGGUGCCUUACAGGAGUAUGAGUUCCCGGAGAAGAGUAUGGCUUCAAAGUUAAAGUUUUCUUCUAUGGGUCUCAACACCAAAAAAAGUAAAGCAAGAUGGCCUUCUUUCUAUAAGAUGAAUUCAGGCGCUCUUUCUUUACUUUACACGUUUACACAGGGAAAUACUGCUCAAAUAGCCUGCCCGUCUGUCUUUGACUGGUUGGGAAUAGGUCCUUAACGACCGAUAGGAUCUCACAGGGCUGCGGCUGCCUCCGUCUGUCUCACCCCAAGGCUCUUUUCCAUGCCUGCCGCUCUGAUGGAUGUAAAGUUUUGAAAGACUUUUUUCAAGGUUCUCCUUUCUCGAUUGGAGCUAGAAGAACCGGUGUAAACGAAAAGCUUUCGACGAUAGCUCUUUCGCUAGGAGGGAAUCAGUUACGAGUACGAAAUGCUUUUCACAUACAAGUAGGAUAGCGCGAUAAGGCAGUUACACUCCUCCGCCUGGCAUUCCAGUUCAAAUACUAGUGGGGUAGACAACCUCAUGUCAUACGUGAAAAUAGUAAGGCCCUUGCCUACGGGCUCAUUGGAACACUCAAGUCUUUUGAAUCAAAAGAUUCAUCCAGUUGGAAAUUUCCACAACAGGAUCUUUAUAUCAUUCCCGAGGAAUAUGACAUGGCCUUUCAGCCCUUCUUACUAUGCUUUCCGUGGUAGCUAGACUAAGUCCUGGUGUUUUAGUUAGUUAGUAAAGGCUUUAGGAAAAGGCGUAACUGUUCUUAUCGGGCUAUAGAGAAGAUUUCGUUCUUUAUUCCCCUUUAAUAUGUAAUAGUAGUUAUAAUCCAUACUAGCAAUAAGGCAGUUUUUUCUUUCUCAAGCCUGUUUGAAAGCAUGUGAUAAAGCCUAAGCCAUUUUAAGCUUCUUCUCCAUUAUCUGGGAAGGCUAACAAUAAGGGGUAGAUUUCUUUCCUUGCCGAAGUUAGUAUUGUGUUCAACUCCGCGGGUUGGCUGGUUGGAAGGAUUGCUUUCUGCCAUCUGUCUUUCCUUUCUCUCUCUUCUCUUAGCAAAGAAAGUAGAAAAAGUCAAACUUCUGGCUUGGGAAAAGCUUCCCCUGUAGUCGUCAGCUAGCUCGUUCUUGACAGAUCCGAUCGGGUGUUCAUAAUCUGGAGUAAAAGGAUUCGAACCUUUGCAUGCCGGUACCAAAAACCGAUGCCUUACCACUUGGCUAUACUCCAUAUACGGCCUGUUUUGGACGAUAGAACGGGGAAAGGGAUUUCCCGAAGAAAUUCGAGCCGUGCAAGGACGCGGGGAUAUAGCAAGUAAGUAGCAAGAUUCUCCCUUUAGGACCGACUACAACAAGCUCGCGACUCUAAUAGAAAGAAAGAGUAAGCUCCCUGCUCUAUUUGCUUGCAAUGCUAUGUCUAUCAAAGUUGGCGAACGCUUCUUGUUCUCGUCCACCCCUUCUAGACUAAUGCAAGCACUAAGUAAGUAAACUACCUUUCUUUUUUUUUCAUAACCUAGACUAAAGAAGAAGCUCCUGAAUCCGCGCAGGGCCAAAUCAGCAGCAAGAGAACUGUCCUAACCUGCCACCGGUGACUUUCUCAGAGCUCCGCAGGAGAAGAAAGAAAGUCCGAGCCCAAUUUCUACAAUUGCAUUGCCUUACUCCCUAUUCUCUCUUAAAACUUUUGAAAGCUCGGCGAGAAAGAGUUGGUUAAGAACUAUUGACUCUAACCCAUAGCAGUGUAAGUCAGGAGAUGCUCGCCUUUGGAAUUAAGAUGGAUGAAGAGGCACUUGAGCCUGGAAAUGAAAAAAUUAGGGGAAAAGAUGAAAGCGGUCACUAUACUAGAGGAGGGCAAGACAUGACCGCGACUUAAGAUUCAAGUACCGUUAAAAAGACUAAAAGAACGAGAUAGCGAUAGCUGUAAUAAAGCACAGGCUAAUACGAGCCGACCAGAAGAAGCAAAGCUUAGAUUACCAGAUCGUGGACACAAUCCUCCUAGAGAUGGAGAGCCCCUUGCCUUUUCUAGCCUCUCCUUCUUGCUUGCUUACUUAGCUCUUGUCUUAGUUACUUUUUUUUUCUAGGGUUUUUAUGAGUGUUAAAACGGUAGAUUUUUCAUUUGCCAAUUAAUUUUUCCGAUUCGAUCAAAAAUGGGAUUUCUUUUUGGCUAGAGAAAGGUUCUGUGACAUGGACGCUUAGCCCAACUCGGUCGGUCGGUCAGCCCACCUAACAGAUGAUGAGAUUCUCGAUCGAUUUGAUCGAAUUUGGAAAAGUCUUUUUCACGAUUCAGAACAGUGGAGCUUUCGAUCAAGAUGUUCUCGCGUCCCCCGUUCGGGCUCUCGCUCAAAUCGGAACCCCUUUAUGCCUUGGCAGGCUUUCGACUCAAUCUAAUAGCCUACCUAUCGUCAAAGAGAAAGUUUUCGCAUGGGCUCAUCAUCUGAUGCAGAACCGAUGCGAGAAGGAUAAAAAAUAUGGGGGAAGAGGAUCUUUUUAGCUUUCAAAAACCAGUAGAAAGGAAAGAAUGCGGGGAACAACUCUUUCCAAAGACAGUAAUUAGUUUGAGUUAGCAUAAAAGAUUUGAUUGAAUGAACGCCAUCCUUGGUUCUUUUCAAAGAAAUCCAAUGUUGAGCCAAGCCUUUCCAGCCGGUAAUCGCCGAAGGCGAAGGCAAUGAAAUUUACUGACUCUUUAGAGUAAGGUAAUGCCAAUUCACUUACUUGGAACAAGUAAGGUAGUUUACUUACUUACUUGAUAGAGUAAGGAAAAAAAAGACUUUUUUAGAAGAAAGGCGAGAAGGAAGAGAAGAAGGAUUAGUAGUUGCCUCGCCGAGGAACUUGAGGCCGACAUACCGAGUGCGGUCCCAGAGUUCAAGACGCUGUCUAAAACUCGUGUCGAUCAUAGAAAAGCAUUUCUUUCAAAAUGAAAACAAACCUCAUUCUCUUGUUCCCCUCCCGAAAAAACGGCAGAUCCAGAUGCGAGAUGAUCCCGAACCUAUUUAAGAACCACCAUCCAUCACCAAUCACAUUCCACAUCCCACUUCAAUUUCAUUGCCUCUCUCUAACUCUAAAACUUAUGCACUCUACUCGCCGCCUACUCCACUCCUUACCACUAAACGACGAAGCCCGGAGCGGAAGGAGGGACUUGAACCCUCAACCUUAGCCUUGGCAAGGCUAUGCUCUACCAUUAAGCUAUUUCCGCCAGCUACGGUAGUGGCGAAGCACUACUGAGCAAUUCACGUAUCACUUGAUACGGACGACUUAUGUUUUUCCGCCGGACCACCCUCUUGACCUCCGAUCGAGCUACGAGCACGAGUAGGUAGGUGGCUAGGGGGCCGGGAAGGGGGACCUUUCUUUUUGCUUCGCGCUAGAUGAGAUGAUGAUUAGUAGGUCAGGUCCCGUGUGUGUGCUCUUUCUCACAAUCCUAAAGAGGCGGGCUGUCUUUUCAAUCAAUCUCCGGCCGCUCAGUGCCGCUAUUGGUGCGAGUUGUAAGGGGUAUUGGUCUCGAGUCGAGAAAAAGCUUCAUCUCAUUCUUGUAACGGGAGUGAGUGCACCGCAAGACCAGACAAGUUGCUCUCUCGCCUUGCAGCAGCGGAAUCCUUCUUUUAAGUUAAGUCAUUUCCUAAGAAGGCUCCUCUUAUUCUACGAGAAUCAAAUUCUCCUACAAUAAUUCCACGAAUCUGCUCGGAACCGGUCGAUUCCUGAGCCAUUCGUUCUCCCCUCUCGGUUGGCCUUUGGCAGCCACUAAAGCAAGUAAGAAAACCUAGAGUUCAUUCACUUAAAGAACCGCGGAUUUUUACCGGAUUGUACACCUUUGUGUCUGGCUAUGUAUAUGAAUAUGCAUAAAGAAAGGACGGGACAUCUCUCUCCUUUUUACUUUUUUUGGGGGGGGGAGAAGAGAGAGGAAAGAAGCUACAGCGGCACCUCACGAACUUCUUACUGGGGCAGCACCAUCCUAUAGGCAUUUGCGAGUGUUUGGAUGCACCUUUUUUGUUGUUUUGUUUAUAUUCUUGCGCAGUUAAGAGAUAAAUUGUCCUCAAGGCAAGCACUUGUGUCUUUUUUGGAUAUGCUCAGUCCGAAUAUAGAUAGAUGCUAUGACGUGAAAUCCAAGAGACUCGAUGUAUCCUUGAAUGUUCUCUUUAAUGAGGUCACCUCAUAUUUUCCUUUUCUUAAUUAAGAAGCCCUGGAGGAGAAUAGUGAUGGAGAUGUAUUAUGGCCUUCUCCUGUUCAUCAACUCGAACUUCAUUCUUCUGCAGUUGAUGUUAUGGAUCAGCCUCACUCUUCAGGCCAGCAUCUUCCGCCGAUUGUCAGCCUGUUCAGCUGACCUCAGAGGCUUCCAGUCAUCCGGAACAGCAUCUUUCUUCUCGGCGACGAUUACAGUCUCUUUCCAAAAGUCAGACUACUCUAGAAGAUCAGCAGUCUAGCCCAGUUGCUUUCCUUCCAGUCGCUUCCUUAGAUUAGAUUCUGGAUCCUUCUCUCAGUUCAAUCUUCUCAUGAACCUGAAUUCUUUGCUGAAGCUUCCAAUCAUUCUUGCUGAAGAAAGACUAUGCAAGAAAAAAAGAAGAAAACUGAGUCUCAUUGCCUGCAGAGAAAGAAGCCAUUGGCUGCAAGUGAAUUUACAAGAUCAAGCAUAAAACAGAUAGCUCAGUAGAAAGAUACAAAGCGUCAUUAGUAGCUAAAGGAUUCCUUCAAGAAUAUUGAGUCGAACCCCUUUAGAGAUAGAAGAAAGAUUUGCCCCGGGUUGCUAAACACCAUUCGUGGCAUUCUUGCCUUGGCUUUAAAAAAAAGUUGCCCUUAUUUCAACUUGACUAAUUAUCGCUGACAUUGUUUACACUUACAACAUAGGGGGAAGUGAUCAGCCUAUUUUUAUGGACAAGCCGAGAUCAUCUCACUUAGAAGCUGCUUUUCGGAUUCUGCGAUCUAUCAAAACCUCGCUCGGAAGAGGUUGAUUCUUGCCUAUUCUUCAGUAGAGUAUUCUGAAUAUGAAAACGCGGAAUUCAUUGACGAAUUUCGGCAAAGCAGACUGAUUAAGAUCAAUGCUGGUAAACCAUUUUCUUCAAAGAAAUAGGCUUUGUUAUAAAUAUAUAAAUAAUAAUAGAGUUUCCGGCAUACGCGCUUCUAUAACACGCUUUCUCUAUAAGAAAAAGUCGACUCUUUCCCAAAUGGAAACUGAUAUCCUCUUUUUUGUUGCCCAGUAGGGCCCAUGCAAAAGGUUUAGUUAAGAUAUGCCAGAUUCCACCAAGUAUACAAAUGGAACCUAUCCAUACAUGUCCUCCUAUUAUAUCUUCAAAAUCGUCCACACUAAGAAUCCAUUCUGAGGUGGAAUGCUUCACUCGGGUUCAAGACAGUAAGGGGCUUGGCAACCCCGUUAGAAGAUAAAGUCGAGUAGCGAGCUGCUUCGUCUUCUGCCGCUGGAUAGGAAUGAACCCAUGUCAAAAGCAGUAAGGAAUAGACUUAAUCAUUUACCCUAAAAACGGAUUUUCCUAUCCUAAUAGUAGGAGGAGACUUGUUGCAUUAGAUAGAUCGAGAGAAUCCUAUCUUCCUCUUAUUUAGUCGGUAGUUAGAGUUAGGACUUCUUCUAGCUCCUCUCCCGUUGGUCGAGUGGCUUUCGCUCCUCUAGACCAUACCUAUUUAGCCGAUGUCUUAAAUAGAAGACUGGUAUAAAUUGGAGGAAGAAUUGCAUUUAGAAGUCAUGACAUGACCAGCUGAUUUUUGGCACUCCAGCCAGCCGUCUUGGUCUCACUCAUAUUGGGAAUCAGAGAAAGAAAGCAGGGGGGACACCUCUAAAAAGAGCUUGUUCCAUAAACGCUUUCCUACAAUGAACAGACGAACCGAGCGAGUCCAAUGCAAAGAACCCCAGUGAGGAGAUCAGGUUACCCUUUUUCGUAUAUUUCUAAUACGUAAUACGAGGAGGUAAUUAGUUGAUACCGAGAAUGAUAGAAGAAGUUUGCUUAAACACCCCCACUAAGGUAAUAUAUUACUAUCCUAUACUCGUUUAAAUUACAGUCUAAGGUUGCGUACAUCUUCUUGUGUUAGAGUUCUUUCAAGCUCCUCCCUCAGCUUCAAUUCAAGUUUUCUGAUUUUAGUUGUAGGACUAAGGGCUAGGUGUUUUUGCAAUCCUUCUAGUCUUGCAAAAUUCCUUCGUUUCCUUUUGUAUAUGUCAACAAAAAUGUUAUGUUUCCAAUCCUCUGUCUUAACUUGUAAGAUGGUGAGAGCUUCAACAAAAGGGUCACUUUUUUGCCAAGCAUUUUUUAACCAAGGUUUCCAAUCCUCAUGACAUUCCCAAGUUGAUAGAUAUCUAAAUGCUCUGCCUUGGUUUUUUACAUUUUCUUUAGGGAUCAAAUUUACUAGGAUAGGGGAGUGGUCAGAGGCUAACCUAGGUAAGUGUCUUACCAUGAUGCUAUCAAAGAUAUCCAACAACCCCUCAUUCCCCAAUGCCCUAUCAAUUCUCUCAUGACAUCUUCCUCGUGACCAUGUAAAUCUAGAGCCAGUGAAACCUAAAUCUAUUAGUUUUGAGGACUGGAUCCAAUUCCUAAAUCUCAUGCAACCAUUUGAAGCCCUACCCCCUAAUUUAUCCAGAACCUCAGUAUAAGCAUUAUAGUCUCCCAAUGCAAUCCAGGGCUCAGAAAUUGUUGCUGCCAGUAUAGUGAGUUUAUCCCAUAAAACUCUUAUAAUUUGUGGUUCUUCAAUAUACAGAAGUUAAAUGAGUGCUUAUAUUACCAGGAAAAAUUACAUGCAUGUGAAUGAAUUGCCAAUCGUUGUGAAUGAUUUUAACAUUGAUGCUGUGAUGCCAUAAAAUCCAAAUACCUCCUGAAAAACCUAUAGCUUCAACUCUAUGUGACUUUGCCAUUCCUAAAGUCUUAAUAAUUGAUAGAGCUGUUAUACCGCUUACCCUAGGUUCUAAGAGUAUCACUACAUUGAUUUUGUAAAUAUCUAUUAACUCUUUAAGGUAGUUUACUUGCUUACUUGAUAGAGUAAGGAUUGAGAUAGUCUUUUUAUUUGAUAUGCCUUGACAAUUCCAAGCUAAUAGUUUGUACUCCAUUGAUGAGAAUUGAAUAAGACACAGAGGCAAGCCAUAAUCCAGCCAAGAAAUUUAAAAGGAAAACCCAAUUCCAAAAGAACAGAUUCCAAAAAAGGCCACUCAAUGGAGUUGUCCAGAACCUCAAUGCCCAUCCAGCUACACCUACAAAUCUUGUUGUUACUCCAGCUCAAGCCCCUUUGAGUGUAACCUCAGAAGAUGAUGGAGCAUGGAGAGUGGUGCCCAGAAGAACUACUAGAGCCAGAAGAGUGAAUUUCCCCACUACUGUUAACCCAGUUUCAAUGAUGAAUGAUUUAACUACAGUAGUUGAGGAAGAAGUUGUGUCACAUAAUGAGGUAGCUAAUGAUCCAGGGGAUACUAAUACAGGUAAUCCUUAUUUUACCUAAUGAUUAUUUGUACAUGGAAUAUUAGAGGGGGUAAUGACCCUAUUAAAAUUAGAGAGUUAAAGAAGUUUAUGAUUAGAAAGAAAAUAAGUUUCAUGGGUGUUCUGGAAACUAGAGUUAAGGCUCAACAAUUUGAGAAAAUCACUAAGCAACUUAAUAGUAAAUGGAUAUGGAAACAUAAUUAUUCUUGCUCUCCAAAGGGGGGAAUCUGGAUUGGUUGGAAUCCUCAAAUCAUUGAAGUAGAGGUGUUAGAGGUACAUGAGCAACUUAUUCAUUGUGAGCUUAAAGAUGUUAAUUCCUUUUUUUUCCAAAUUACUCUUUGUUAUGGAUUACACACUAUUGAUCAUAGAGUUGGGCUUUGGGAGAAGAUCAGAUCUUUGGCUAGUUAUUCUCAGUUAGACCAAUGGUUCAUUUUGGGUGAUUUUAAUGCCGUCAUGUAUACUGAUGAUAGAACUAAUGGAACAGCUGUUUCACUUGCUGAAAUCAAGGAUAUGUCUCAAUGGGUCACUGAUUUAAACCUUGCUGAAUUGAAAUCUACUGGCCCUUCUUUUUCUUGGUCUAGCAGAGGCUAUGCUGACAGAAGAAUUCAUAGUAGAAUUGAUCGUGCUUUUGGAAAUGUGACAUGGAUGUUAAAUAAAGGUCAUAUAGUAGUUGAUUAUUUGAUGCCUUCUUUGUCUGAUCAUUCCCCUCUCCUAUUGAAAUAUGCUGAUGAUCCUCUUACUGUGGGAAAGCCUUUUAAAUUCUUCAACUACAUGGCUCAUCAUGCUGAUUUUCAUACUAUUAUGCAUGAAUUUUGGCAUCCUAGUGGUUCUCACAAUCUGUUAGGAGCAAUUUGGGCAAAUCUUACACUUUUGAAGGGGAAAAUGAAAAGCUUGCAUAAAAAUGAAUUUCACAACUUGAAUGAGAAGAUUGAGACAGCAAGAAGUAAUUUGGAACAAAUUAAGUUUCAGUUACAGCAAGAUCCUGAUAGUGUUCAAUUGCAAGAAAAUGAGAAGAUAGCUGGAGAGUUGUUGAGAAAAUGGAAUUUUAUUGAGGAGUCUGCUCUAAAGCAGAAAUCAAGGAUUCAAUGGUUGAAGCUUGGGGACUCAAAUAAUCACUUCUUUCAUGCUGCAAUGAAAGCUAGGUAUAAUACAAAUAGAAUUAACCUCUUGUAUAAUGCUCAGGGUGAUAGGCUUGAGGAUCCUGUUGGCAUUCAACAGGAGAUUCUUCACUUCUAUAAAUCAUUAUUAGGUAGCAGAGCCUCUUCUCUUCCUUCUAUUGAUUUACCUGUUAUGUUAUUAGGAGAGGGUCUAUUUUGAACCUGGAAGCUCAACAGAGUCUGUGUAGAGAGGUUACAAUGGAAGAGGUGAAUCAAGCUCUUAGAGGGAUUGAUGAUGAUAAAGCUCCUGGAAUUGAUGGGUUUCAGUUUUUUUCAAAACAGCAUGGCAUUUUAUUAAAGAUGAUGUGUUUAGAGCCAUCCAAAAAUUCUUCCAGUAUGGGGUCUUUUGUAAGGCUAUGAACUGCACAUCCAUUACACUUGUUCCUAAAGUUCCAAAUCCCACUUUAGUAAAGGAUUUUAUACCCAUUGCUUCUUGUUCUAUGCUCUAUAAAAUAAUUUCGAAAAUCCUCAAAAGCUUCAGCUAUAUUUAAUAACAUACUCUCAUACUGAGCCCGGUUAACAUCCUUAUGUAAAAUUUCUAACAAUUCAGCAUAAGAAUAUAUUUUCAUUAUAUCAUUAUUUUUCAUAUAAGAUUCUCUGAGGUUAAUUCCUAAAUUUUUUAAAUUAACUCUACCGAGAUUCUCUGGCAUAAGUAAACCGAAGUUAACUAACUUUUGUUUAUUUACUUUUAUAUAAGAUAUCAUAUGUUUUGAUAUUUUGAAGGGCUGAUUCUGAAGUUUAUUCAUAACACUACAUAUUUCCUUAUAACUAUUACUGAUAUCAAUAUAGUAGUGAUUGAUAUCCCCCGUGCUUAACAGAUUGUAACGACUAAUUGCACCAGUUAUUCCACUUAAGUAACCACCUUUUAAGUCAGACAAAUAUUUAGGGUAUAAACCUGAUGGUAAAGCACUACCCCAAGAUAACGGUUUACAUACCAUAGGUAAAUUUAAUUUAAUUGGUAGUAAUGAUACAUCAAAAUUACGGAUAGCAUAAAGAUUUUUAGGUAAAUAAUAUUUACCCUUCUUCUUUUGAAUAGGUACAUUAUUAUUCUCAGAAUUUUCUAAUACCAUUAGAUUCCUAUCAACAAAAAAUUCAACUAAUGCUACACCAAUAUGGUGUUUUUUAAAUAAACUCUCAUUUUUUUCAUCUUCUUUUUCUAUUUUACUUUGAUAUUUAUGAUUAACUAGUAAAACAUGUGCUUUAACAUGCCUGUCCAGGUGAUCAAUUAAAGUUGAAACACGAACCAUGGAUGAAUCAGAGCGAUAUAAAAUACAGAUUACAUAAACAAUUAAUGCUUCAAGUGUAUAUUGCCCUAACUCAUUAAGUAAUUCUAAUUGUGGAUAUUGAUCUUUUUUUAAUUUUUCCAUUAAAUAAUCCUUAGCAUUCUUCUUAUCAGGUAUAAUCAUUAGACUCAUAAUGAGAUUGCAUGUGCUAUUAAUUGAUUUUGCAUCAAACUUCAUUGUAAGAUUUUCAAUCUUCUCUUGCAACUCUCUUAAUUUAUCCUGAUUAUAUGGUUUUGUUUCAUUUGAUUUGAAAUCAUUCAAUAUUUUAAAUACUUCUUCUUUAUACAUUACUCUGUUAGAUUUAGAUUCAUCGCCAUCAUUAUUUUCAAGAUUAUCCAGGUAGAAUUUAUUCCAGAAAUCAAUGAUGAUCCUUUUUGUUUCAUUAGAUUUGUUAUCAUACGAUAUAUAAACUGAAUUGCCUAUAAAAUAAAAAUAUGGACUAUUCAUAUUAGUUUUAAAAUUACUAAAUUUCGUCAUAAUUUUUGUUUUCUUUUAAUAUUUUGUUAUGGAUUUUUUCCUGUUUUUUAAUUCAGGGGUCUUUACCACGUUCGUCUUCUUUAAGAGAUUACAAUAUGUUUUGUUAAUAAGAGAAACUAAUAUGUUAUAUAAUAAGUAAAAAAUGUUUGAUAAAUCAGUCAUAGAGGGGUAUCUCCAAUAAUCAAAGAAGAUACAUCAACUGAAUACAGGCAAAGAGUAAUAAAACUCUGGGAUUUUACAAAGUGCCAUACCCUAUCAAACAUAUCCCCAUAAAGACGCUCUAGCAUAUUUGAUCUAGAGACAGACCUAAGUUAUAUUUUUUUAACUCUAUAGUGUAUGAUAUAUCUUAGGGAGCUUUCUUACUUAGCGCUUGCGCUAAGGAUCUAAUCAGAGUCAACCUUGGAUUUAAAAAAGCCCUUUUCCUUAUUAGCCAGAGUACAAGCGUACUCUUUGAUCUUUAGUAAAGGCGUAUUAAGCCAAAAAAGCAUUUUUUCGAACAGUCUCAACGCCCUCAUUGAGAGUCGCUCCGCGAGACGUCCAGUAGUCUCUGACUUGGUCUUCGGAAUCGUAAGUCUCAGCCCGUUCCCAGCUUGACUUGCUCUCAGGUUGGCCCUUCUACUGGACUAAGUAGUAUUCCAUUCGUGCAGUCGGUCUAUGGGCUAGCCCAUGGUACGGUCAGCUAUGAUAUACUCAACUUCUUCUUUAGUAGGUUAGGUUCAUCUACAACAUCUGGUGGUGCCCUCGUGGGCACGUUCCUCUCUGGGUCGGUCUGGUCUAAUCGAAGUCAACUGACUUACAUGGAAUACGGGGUGAGUUUUCACCGAGCCGGUCUCUUGAGUCUAUAGGCGAUCUUUUCUAUCCGCUUCUCUACAGGGCCUACUUUCUUCUUUCUUCAGACCGGGCUAAGCCUGACGGUUGUUUAAGUAGGUUGGGCAGCUUUUGCUAUCCUCCUGCCACCUCUUGGCAAAGUAGUCUGAUGGGCAAGCUCCCUCCUGUCGCAGUGGUGUGGGGCGUCAGAGGCUGUUGCCCCGUGGCCAACUCGAAGGGGCUGAAGUUCGACGCAGAGCUUUUUGGUUGUUAAGUUAUAGUAGUACUGAGCAAUAUUCAACAGCUCCAGUCCUUACUCUAACAAGUAAGCAAGUAAACUACCUUCUGGUUGGCAUUAAAGUUCCUUAAGUAGCCUUCGAGGAAUCCAUUUUUUCUCCCCGUCUGAGCUUUCAAAGAUAUACCGACCGUAGGUAUCUGACCAUCAGAUACCGACAGCCGUCUUCUAACAUUACCUACUUUUAGGGGUUUUCCAAAAUGUAAUAUAACAUAAAAGCCCUUUUCAUCAUCAGAAACAACCGGAUUUCCGGCCUCUUGCAUUGCAUUACCAUAACGACAAGAAAAAUUCAUUAAAAAAAAGAAAGAUUGCUCUUGUGACUUGGAAUGAACCUUUCUCAGUGAAGGAAAGGAAUAGCGAUGGAUUUUGAUGGAGCAUCCAGGAACAAGAAGAUUCAACCGGACGACGAAUUCUUACGUGGUCCAAGGAAAGAAAAGGCCCGCUUCUACGAUUUCAUCUAUAUUGAAUCUUAAUAUAAGAAUAGCUUAUAUAGUCAUGAUUCAAUUCAGGUCCACUGACUUUUGAUUGAUUUCUCAUUUUUCGGAUCUGAUUGGAACAAUGGAGAAGGAGGAAGACUUUAGCGAUUCAUAAUAGGAUAUCUUGAAUAUCUAUGUCCCAGAACAUAAAAAAUUUUUAAUGAAGACUAAGACAGGAGUUUCGUGGAAGCCUUUUCUCGGAUUUGAUUUGAAGUGAUCACUUAAGCCUCUUUCUUAGGGCCUUUAAAGAGUGCGACUCUACCGCUUUUAAAAAAGAAAAGGCCUAUUUGUAUUUGAUUCAAUUCAUGAAUUAGCCUACUUUACUAUGAGUAUACUGGAAUUCUAUAUUAUA